AGAUCUAGUCAUUAGACAAAGGAAUCUCAGAACAAAAGGCAACAGCUUUCAAUUAAAUCUUGAGAAAUUUCCGAAGAAAAUACUCCAGUAUUAAUAUUAAAAAAUAACUCCCAUUGGAUUCUGAUCACAACUAUAAAGGAAAUUAUAGGAGUUGCUUUACAAAGAUUCUUAUUGAAUGUAUGACCUUCCCUGAAAAAGGCUGGAAAAAUGGAAGUCUCUCGUCCUAGCAGGCAAGUGGUCUUGUUCUUUAUUUCUCUAUGUAGCUCUGGUAUGUUGUGUGAACCAUUCCUCUAUUCAAUGCCUGAGGAGAAGAAAGCUGGAUCAAUAGUAGCAAAUGUGCUAAAAGAUUUGAAAGUGGGUGUUAAGGAGCUCUCUGCUCGCAGAGCACAGUUGAUUUCUAAGAGUUCCAGGCAGGAUUUCCAGCUGGAUCCUCAUUCUGGGAAUAUAAUAUUGAGGGAUAAAAUUGACCGAGAAGCUUUGUGUGAUUUGAGUGAUCCUUGCACUCUUUUCUCUGAAAUUUUGCUGGAAAAUCCUCUUCAAUUCUUCAAAAUUGAAGUUCAGGUAGAAGAUGUCAAUGAUAAUUCCCCUAUAUUCUCUCAGAAUCAAUUCCUUUUUGAAAUACCUGAGCAGACUCCCAUAAAUGCACGUUUCCCCUUGGAGGCAGCCCACGAUUUAGACAAAGGAAAAAACGCUAUUUGGAACUACAUACUUAGCACAAGUGAAUAUUUUAAGCUGGACGUACAAAGUCAAAAUGAUGGCAGCAAAUAUGCAGAACUGCUUUUGGCAAAACCAUUAGACCGCGAGGUGAUCCCUCAGUUUAUCCUCACUCUGGAAGCUGUGGAUGGAGGGAUCCCAAGGAGAACUGGCACAGCACAGAUAAUUAUUGAUAUUCUGGAUAACAAUGAUAACGUGCCCCAAUUUGAACAAACAGUGUAUAAAGUGCAGCUAAUGGAAAAUAGUCAUCCAGGUUCAUUGGUUGCUAAAGUUGAAGCCACUGACAAAGACAUUGGAUCCAACGCUCACAUCAGUUACACUUUUAGCCAAGCACCAGCAGAUGUACUCCGAUCAUUCAGGUUAAACAAUCAUACUGGGGAAAUUACGCUUGUAGGGAAAAUUGAUUAUGAAAUAAACAGUAAAUAUCAACUCAGCAUCAAAGCCACAGAUGGAGGGGGAUUGUCCGCUUACUGUAAAGUUCUUGUUGACAUUGAAGAUGAGAAUGACAAUGCUCCAGAAAUAAUUGUAUCAUCCAUCACUAAUCCUUUACCAGAAAAUUCUUCCCCGGAAACACUGGUGGCACUUUUUGGCAUCAGAGAUCAAGACUCCGGAGACAAUGGCAGAACUACCUGCAACACUGAGAAAAACCUGCCUUUUAUACUAAAACUGACUGAGAACAAUUAUUACCAGCUUGUGACUCAACAGCCAUUGGACAGAGAACAAAUGUCACAUUAUAACAUCACCAUCAUAGCCACCGACCAAGGUUCUCCCAGUCUCACUUCAAAGACAGUUAUUAGCAUUCAACUUUCAGACGUCAAUGAUAACCCUCCAAUUUUUGAAAGAGGUUUCUACGAUUUGCACUUACGAGAAAACAACAUUCCAGGACUGCUCAUUGGAUCAGUCCAUGCUGCGGAUGUGGACACAGAACAGAACGCAAAAGUAACCUACUCUCUUUUGUUUGGAAAGAUCAGGGAAGAGUCUGCAUCAUCUUACAUCUCCAUCAACUCUGAAACUGGGAACUUGUAUGCCAUUCGAUCUAUAGAUUAUGAGGAUAUACAGGAUUUCCAGGUGAUGGUGAGGGCUGUAGACAAGGGCUCACCUCCCCAGAGCUCAGAAACAAUGGUCCGAGUUCUUAUCACGGAUGAAAAUGACAAUGCCCCCUUCAUCCUCUGCCCCCUUCAGAACAGCACUUCUCCAUCAAAUGAUCUGGUUCCCAGGGGAGCAGAGACAGGCUAUCUCGUCACCAAAGUGGUGGCAGUGGACAGAGAUUCAGGGCAGAAUUCUUGGCUUUCCUAUCAGUUGCUGAAGGCCACAGAUCCGAGUCUCUUCACUGUUGGGACUCAGAAUGGGGAGGUGAAAACCAUGAGGCUAGUGAACAUCCGAGACAGUUUCAAACACACUCUUAUUGUGGCAGUGAGGGAUAAUGGGCAUCCUCCUCAGUCUGCCUCAGCGACCCUAAGAAUUCUUCUAGUGGAUGGCUUCUCUGAUCCUUACAUGAAAAUUAUGGAUAAUCCUAAAGGUGAAGUCCCGCAGGAGGGAGAUCAUACUCUAACACUGUAUUUGAUUAUCUGUUUGGCUGCCAUCUCAUCCAUUUUUCUGCUUUCUGUUAUGGUGUUUAUUGCAACCAAGUUUCAGAAGCGAAGGAAGUUCUUAGGAAGUUCUCAUUCUGCAUCGAAUUUCCCUGUGGGACCCAAUUUGCAAGACAAGUGUGUGGAUCCUAAUACUGGGACAUCUUCCCAGGCCUACAGCUAUGAAGUGUGCUUAGCUGAUGGGUCUCUGAGCAGUGAGUUUAAAUUCCUUAGGCCUUUCUUUCCUGUUUUUACUAUGGAGCAUCAAAAAACUCUGCUGAAUCCACAGAUUCGUAAUGAUUGCCAUGAUCUUCCUAAUCAAUUGGAGGAAAGAGAGCAUAUAUCCCAGGAAGAGACUGGAAUCAUGGAGAAUUGCUUUUGGAAAAGGCAAGGUCUGUAUGUCCUUCUCUCUUUCUCUUUCCUUAGAGUAAUAUGUGCUUCAAUUCGCUUUUCUGUCCCUGAAGAAAAGAAAAAGGGGUUUCUGGUGGCUAAUGUGCUCAAGGAAUUGAAACUGAAAACAGGGGAGCUCUCCACACGCAAAGCACAUUUAGUUGCUGAGGACACUCAGGAAUACUUCCUCCUUGAUAUUCAUACUGGGGAUCUGUUGAUUAAUGAUAAAAUAGAUAGAGAAGCUUUAUGUGGCCAGAAUGAUCCUUGUCUACUUCUUUCUCAGCUUGUCUUGGAAAACCCCUUAGAUAUCUUUAAUAUUGAAAUCAAGAUAGAAGACGUGAAUGACAAUGCACCCAAAUUUUGGAAAAAUGAAGUUAAGGUGGACAUUACUGAAAAUAUUCCUAUAAAUAUGAUAUUUCCCUUAGAAUUAGCUCAGGAUGAUGACUUGGGAGAAAAUGGCGUUCAAAAUUAUACUCUUAGUCCCAAUGAGCAUUUUCAACUUGAAGUACAAAAGAAUGAAGAUAGAAAAGACAAUAUAUACCUUGUUUUGAAGAAAACAUUAGAUAGGGAGAGGAUGCCACACCUUGAAUUGUUUCUAAUGGCUAUUGAUGGAGGAGUUCCCAAGAAAACUGGCACAGUUCAAAUUAAUAUUAAUGUUCUGGAUAGUAAUGAUAAUUUUCCUCUGUUUAGUAAGUCUGAAUAUAAGGCAAGAAUAAAAGAGAAUCUUCCUAAGGGCACUCUUGUGAUUAAGGUGGAAGCUACAGAUCUGGAUUUGGGUUCAAAUGCACAGAUACUCUACUCAUUCCAUCAAGUGCCUGAAAGAAUAAACCGUAUGUUUUAUUUAAAUGAAAUUACUGGUGUAAUAACUGUUUGGGGACAGAUUGAUUAUGAAAAAGAGAAAAGCUAUAGCAUGAGCAUCAGAGCAACAGAUGGAGGGGGUCUUUCAGGGCACUGCAGCGUACUGAUAGAGGUUGAAGAUGAGAAUGACAACCCCCCAGAAGUGUCCAUCAUAUCUCUGACCAACGCUUUAAAGGAAGACUCUCCCCCAGACACAAUGGUGGCCCUCUUCAGUGUGAGAGACCAAGACUCUGGAGACAACAGCAAAACGGUCUGCUCCAUGCAGAUGAAUCUCCCUUUUGUGUUGAAAGCCACCACAAACAACUUUUAUCAGCUUCUGCUCCAAAGUCCCCUAGACAGAGAGACGGUCACUGAAUACAACAUCACCAUCACUGCCAUUGACUGCGGAUCUCCUAGGCUCACUUCAACAAGACUGAUUAAUGUUCAGAUCUCCGAUGUCAAUGAUAACCCUCCCCUUUUUGAAAAGUCUUCAUAUGACAUGCAGAUCAGGGAGAAUAAUAUUCCAGGCUUGCUCAUCGGCUCAGUCCAUGCUCUGGAUCUAGACACAAUGCUGAAUGCUAAAGUGAAUUACUUAGUUCUGCCUGGGAAGGGUGAUGGCCUGGUGACCUCUUACAUCUCAAUCAACUCUGAAACUGGAAAUAUGUAUGCCCUCCGAUCCCUGGACUAUGAGCAGAUAAGAGGCUUCAGAGUUACUGUGAGGGCAUCUGAUGGAGGUUCUCCCUCCUUGAGCUCAGAAGUGAUUGUCCGAAUCCACAUCAUAGAUGAGAACGACAACGCUCCCUUCUUCCUGUAUCCCCUCCAGAACAACACAUCCCCAUGCAAUGAGCUGCUUCCCAAGUCAGCCGAGGCUGGCUAUCUGGUCACCAAGGUGGUUGCAGUGGAUGCAGAUUCUGGCCAAAACUCCUGGCUUUCCUAUGAAUUGCUGAAGGCCACGGACCCAGCCCUUUUCAGCAUAGGAGCACAGAAUGGGGAAGUGAAAACCAGGAGAGCCCUGAAUGAGCGAGACACAAACAAGCAGAGGCUGGUGAUACUGGUCAGAGACAAUGGUCUUCCUCCACAGACCAGCACGGCAUUGCUUAAUGUUCUUCUUGUGGAUGGCUUUUCGGAUCCCUUCCUGAGGAGGGUGGAUGUCAGUGUGCAAGAACCGGAAGAAGAUAAAACCUUGACCAAGUAUUUGGUGAUCUGCUUGGCUGCAGUCUCCUUUGUGUUCCUGGUCUGUAUUGUUGUGUUUAUUGUGGUCAAAGUGUUCAAGAAGGAUCCCCAAAGCCAAUUUCCUGCUACUCAUCCUCACUUCCCACCUGCCAGUGCUGAUACUCCAGAGAACUGUUCUGAUUCACAGAAUGGGUCGCUUUCCAGGACUUACCGUUAUGAUGUUUGUUUGACUGGUGGAUCCUUAAGUAGCGAGUUCCGAUUUCUCAGGCCCCUCUUUCCGGUCUUUUCAGUGGGAGAUGUUAACGUCCCAGGGAACAAUAGUAUUUCUGCUGGCAUCCAAGAUACUUCUGAGCAGGUUGCAGUUAAUGGCGCAAAGAAAGAGGCUGGAAAAAUGGAAGUCUCUCGUCCUAGCAGGCAAGUGGUCUUGUUCUUUAUUUCUCUAUGUAGCUCUGGUAUGUUGUGUGAACCAUUCCUCUAUUCAAUGCCUGAGGAGAAGAAAGCUGGAUCAAUAGUAGUAAAUGUGCUAAAAGAUUUGAAAGUGGAUGUGAAGGAGCUCUCUGCUCGCAGAGCACAGUUGAUUUCUAAGAGUUCCAGGCAGGAUUUCCAGCUGGAUCCUCAUUCUGGGAAUAUAAUAUUGAGGGAUAAAAUUGACCGAGAAGCUUUGUGUGAUUUGAGUGAUCCUUGCACUCUUUUCUCUGAAAUUUUGCUGGAAAAUCCUCUUCAAUUCUUCAAAAUUGAAGUUCAGGUAGAAGAUGUCAAUGAUAAUUCCCCUAUAUUUUCUCAGAAUCAAUUCCUUUUUGAAAUACCUGAGCAGACUCCCAUAAAUGCACGUUUCCCCUUGGAGACAGCCCAUGAUUUAGACAAAGGAAAAAAUGCUAUUUGGAACUACAUACUUAGCACAAGUGAAUAUUUUAAGCUGGACGUACAAAGUCAAAAUGAUGGCAGCAAAUAUGCAGAACUGCUUUUGGCAAAACCAUUAGACCGCGAGGUGAUCCCUCAGUUUAUCCUCACUCUGGAAGCUGUGGAUGGAGGGAUCCCAAGGAGAACUGGCACAGCACAGAUAAUUAUUGAUAUUCUGGAUACCAAUGAUAACGUGCCCCAAUUUGAACAAACAGUGUAUAAAGUGAAGCUAAUGGAAAAUAGUCAUCCAGGUUCAUUGGUUGCUAAAGUUGAAGCCACUGACAAAGACAUUGGAUCCAACGCUCACAUCAGUUACACUUUUAGCCAAGCACCAGCAGAUGUACUCCGAUCAUUCAGGUUAAACAAUCAUACUGGGGAAAUUACGCUUGUAGGGAAAAUUGAUUAUGAAAUAAACAGUAAAUAUCAACUCAGCAUCAAAGCCACAGAUGGAGGGGGAUUGUCCGCUUACUGUAAAGUUCUUGUUGACAUUGAAGAUGAGAAUGACAAUGCUCCAGAAAUAAUUGUAUCAUCCAUCACUAAUCCUUUACCAGAAAAUUCUUCCCCGGAAACACUGGUGGCACUUUUUGGCAUCAGAGAUCAAGACUCCGGAGACAAUGGCAGAACUACCUGCAACACUGAGAAAAACCUGCCUUUUAUACUAAAACUGACUGAGAACAAUUAUUACCAGCUUGUGACUCAACAGCCAUUGGACAGAGAACAAAUGUCACAUUAUAACAUCACCAUCACAGCCACCGACCAAGGUUCUCCCAAUCUCAUUUCAAAGACAGUUAUUAGCAUUCAACUUUCAGACGUCAAUGAUAACCCUCCAAUGUUUGAAAGAGGUUUCUACGAUUUGCACUUACGAGAAAACAACAUUCCAGGACUGCUCAUUGGAUCAGUCCAUGCUGCGGAUGUGGACACAGAACAGAACGCAAAAGUAACCUACUCUCUUUUGUUUGGAAAGAUCAGGGAAGAGUCUGCAUCAUCUUUCAUCUCCAUCAACUCUGAAACUGGGAACUUGUAUGCCAUUCGAUCUAUAGAUUAUGAGGAUAUACAGGAUUUCCAGGUGAUGGUGAGGGCUGUAGACAAGGGCUCACCUCCCCAGAGCUCAGAAACAAUGGUCCGAGUUCUUAUCACGGAUGAAAAUGACAAUGCCCCCUUCAUCCUCUGCCCCCUUCAGAACAGCACUUCUCCAUCAAAUGAUCUGGUUCCCAGGGGAGCAGAGACAGGCUACCUCGUCACCAAAGUGGUGGCAGUGGACAGAGAUUCAGGGCAGAAUUCUUGGCUUUCCUAUCAGUUGCUGAAGGCCACAGAUCCGAGUCUCUUCACUGUUGGGACUCAGAAUGGGGAGGUGAAAACCAUGAGGCCAGUGAACAUCCGAGACAGUUUCAAACACACUCUUAUUGUGGCAGUGAGGGAUAAUGGGCAUCCUCCUCAGUCUGCCUCAGCGACCCUAAGAAUUCUUCUAGUGGAUGGCUUCUCUGAUCCUUACAUGAAAAUUAUGGAUAAUCCUAAAGGUGAAGUCCCGCAGGAGGGAGAUCAUACUCUAACACUGUAUUUGAUUAUCUGUUUGGUUGCCAUCUCAUCCAUUUUUUUGCUUUCUGUUAUGGUGUUUAUUGCAACCAAGUUUCAGAAGCGAAGGAAGUUCUUAGGAAGUUCUCAUUCUGCACCGAAUUUCCCUGUGGGACCCAAUUUGCAAGACAAGUGUGUGGAUCCUAAUACUGGGACAUCUUCCCAGGCCUACAGCUAUGAAGUGUGCUUAGCUGAUGGGUCUCUGAGCAGUGAGUUUAAAUUCCUUAGGCCUUUCUUUCCUGUUUUUACUAUGGAGCAUCAAAAAACUCUGCUGAAUCCACAGAUUCGUAAUGAUUGCCAUGAUCUUCCUAAUCAAUUGGAGGAAAGAGAGCAUAUAUCCCAGGGCAAAGUUCCUCUGUCUGAAGAUCCUGCUGCUAAAUCUGGAGGCCCAAGUUGUACUGCAAAUCAAGCAAUAGGUGCAAAUAUGAACUCUGGUCAAAGCGACUGGCUUUCCUAUCACUAGAUGUCAGAAGAUACAGGCAAGAAUCCUCUAGCCUGAAAAGAAUGGGUCCUUUGUAUAAAAGAACAUCAGAGACUAACUUUGAAAACUCUUUUAAACAAGCCAGAUUGAAAAUAACAAGAAUGCCCUUAUGCUGUUCCAUUCACUUUGACUGUAUUUGUGUGGAAUAAUAUACAAAUGGAUUAUAUGCAUACAUUUUACCUAAUAUAUAACUGAUUUGUUAUUUCUGCGUGGUAGAAUUUUACAAUAGGCUACUGCUUUUUUUGACCUAGGAGACCCAGCUACAUGUUUAUCAUUAUGAUUCUUCUUUGAUUUAUGAUUUAUGAGAUUAUGCUGCUCUCCAUAAAAUAUUUUAAAUAGUUAUAUUAAUUCUUUGGACAUUUAUUAAUUUAAAUCAUAAAAUGUAUCUAUUUACAUUUCUGAUAACACAAGUGAUUAGGUAUGCUUUGUUAGGAAAAAAGAGAACGAUUUUCCUAAUAAUGGUGCACAUUAUAUCCUCAGUGUAUCUAAGUUCUCAGUUACAUCGUUAUCUGAGGUUAGGCUUGAAAUAGUGAUUUUCACAAUACCCAAACACUACACGUGCAUGUCUACAUGCAAAAUGGAAUUUCAGUAAUCAACAAUUAUUCUUUAUUUCUAUCAAGUGUACAGUAUUACAUAUUGUACAUUCAUACACACAUACAUGCAUGCAUACAUACAUAAUAUACUGCAAGGUAACUAAUUCUCCUUUGGAAAAAGUGGAAUGAACUAUGCACAAUUUGAAAAGAGCGCUGUGCCCUCAGUGACAUUAUAGUCAAGAGGACCACAUAAGCUCCCUUACUCCUUGCUGCCCUUUAAGUUAUAUUCACUUAUGGUGAUCAAAAAUAUUCCAAGAGUAAGUAAAUGAGUUUUAACACUAAUAUUGAUAGUACAUCCUAUAGCAAAAAAAAGAGAGUAAUUCAGUAGUAAAUCCAUAAGAAAGGGCUUCUAUUAAGGACUACUUUUUUAAAAAUCCUAUGUUUUAAUAUAAUUUUCUAGUUUUGUGCUUACAUAGCUGAAUGAGAUGUCUGUACAUUUUGUGUUUUGCUAGUAGUAUUGUGUUCAAACAAUCACAAAAAUCACAAUUGUAAAGAGAUUUGUAUCUGUGGAUGAAAAAGCAAGUAGUAUAUUAAUGUAGCAGAUUAGACAGUGAAGGAUGCAAUGCGGAAACAACUGGAAUCAGCAAAAAAUAUAUAUAAAUGCUUUAAAGGAUGUAGAAUAUAGUACACCCAUUUUGAUUUAUGCACUGUAUCACUAUGUAAAGUCGAAAUAAAAAUACUAUAUACAUAUUGUAAGCCAGAUUUUAAUAUUGUAUUUGUAUGCUCAAAAUUAAUAAAAUUGGUUUGUAAAUUC